GUAAAUCUGGUCUGUUUCAUGGCCGCUCCUCUCCCUCCUCCUCUUCCUCAUCAUCCUCCCCAGUCGGUCCUCCCGGACGGAUAGAUGGACAGAGGGAGGGGGUCAGGAGCCGGGCAGACGGCUCUGCUCUUUAAACUCCUUUUCUUAGUUCCCACAAUAUGGUGUGUGCCACUAAACUCUCCUGACGGAAUUGGCUGCAGUUAUCGGAUUAGCGCUGCAGUUCUGGAGCUGGAGACGGACGGAGCUGCCGUCGAUCUCGCCUUCAGGCAAAGUCAACUUUCCGGGUGACUUCGCGGGACUGCAUGCAUUUUAAACGAAACGUUAAAAAGGCUUGAUUCUUUCUUUCUUUUUUUAUUUUAUUUAUUCGCUCUUGGGGAGAUUAAGAAGAGACGGAGCGCAUUGGAUCCGAUAAAUCUUUGCGCAAACUUCGUUGUCUAUAAUUCCUUAAAUCUCCCGGGAGAGAGGCUUCGCCCACUUUGGCCAAAGAGGUGCACAUUUCUUUUUGUUAUGUCUGUUUCUUCUYUGCCAGAAUGGAAGCAGCUUCUUCUGGAGAGAAAGAGGAGAGAGGAGGAGCAGCGRGAGAGGAGAGAAAAGGAGGAGGARGAGAAGCUGGCCAGCAUGCCCGCCUGGAAACGAGGGAUCAUCCAGCGGAGGAAGGCCAAGCAGGARAGUUUAGGUGACAGGGACAGAGACAUCUGCCUGCUCCAGGUGGAUGCCAGAACUCCCUCUGACUGCCUGAGUGACACUGACAGCUCGAUUACGGUCAAUCUGGGAAGCGAGACAUCACUCAGUCCGGAUCCUGGGAUGUGGCUGGACGCAGARCCCAAACCUGGAAGUCAGGUGUCGAUGGAAACCAUCGUUCCAGUCCACGAGAACCCGUUUAUUCGUACCCAAAGUGUGUGGAGAAAAGGCAAAGAUCUUGAGGCGGCAAAUGAGGUGGAGGGAAAACUCUGUGUYAGGUCGCAAGAAGUGGAGGUGAGCAGAGGACGAGAUAUCGAGCUGAAAAUAGAAAGGUUUAGGGAUCUGAGUGAAGGGUGGGAGAAAGAGAAGAGCAGGGACAAGAGUCUAGGAAAAGAAAARGAGAACAACCAAGAAGGAUGCGAAAAAGACAAAAAACAGUGGAAAGACUCAGUGAAAGAGCAGGAGCUCCUUAAAGGGAAAAAAGAGACGGAGGAAAAAGAUGUCCCUCAAUYGUCUGGUCAGUUUUCACCCGUUCUUCCCUGCCUUCGAACCAUCCGAGCCGACAACAUCAUCAUCAUCGAGCAGGACCGAAAAGGCAGCGAUGAAAGAAGGGCGAGAUGGAGGGAGCUGGAAAGAGAGACACCCGAGGAGGACCAGCAGGGGAAAAGAGGGAUGAAGAUGGACCUGAGGGAGAUCCUGGCAGGAGGAGGGAGCGUGACAGAGAUCCGAGCCUCUGAAGUUCUGAUCAUCAAGCCGUCGGUCAGCACCGAAGAUCGGACAGGAGGGGGAGGAAAGUCUAGAGAGGACGGAGAAGGGAAGAGCAGCUUGGAUGUAACCAGAGAUACGAAAUCAGAAAUGUCCUGGCUGAGGGAAAAAGAGAAGGAUAAACCCUGGGGUCAGGCAACUGUGAUCAAUAAAGACGACGGAGGAGACAGCUGUGAUGACAACGUGUUUAUUGAGAAGGGAGGAAGGGUCAGCAAGCUGCUCAGUAAGUUYGGAGAGCAUCCAAAGCCUCCAUCUCGGUCCAAAAGUUCAGAUAACUUCCUCCAAUCGGGGAGGAGAAAAUACUCCGGAGACCAAGAUGAUCGACAGUCUGAGGAGAGAAAGGCAAACGGAAAGAACAYRCUGAUGAAAAGCAUCCCAAAACGCUCCUUCAGCUUCUCGGAUCGAGUCAUUGGCACUGUGGAGAACGGGUUAGGAAAUGUAGGCGAUCAAGAGAGAAUUCACCCARACAAAAACGUUGCUCCUUGGGUGGAUAUAGCAGGGGUAGCAAAGCUCAGACUGAGCUGCAAGGAGCGCUUUGGAAAGCAAAGAAAUGUAAACGCUGAGGAUGAAAAAGUAAAUCAGARGAUAAACGAUGCAGAAAUCUGGAAGAAACACAGGAGUGAGCUGAAGAAAGUUGAGUCUGUCAAUAAGAGARCUGCAGAGAAAGUAUUGGACGCAGAUGGAGACAAGGGGUUCACGGUGGCAUCGGUGAAAAACACAGAGGGAAUAUCGUUUGCRAGAAGAGUGCCAAUCAGACAAGAUGGUAGAGCAAGAGCAGAAAGAGACGCUAGGAAAGAGAGAAGUUCGGAAAAAGAUUCAGAAGCAGAGGAURGACAGGAAAGAAAAGUGCAAACUGAAACAGAUUAUGUUGGUGCUUCAUUGGAAGAGUCGCCUAACCCCAGUGAAGCUCCUGACAGUCAAUGCAAACCUGAUUCAGCUUUCACAGAGUGCUCCAGUUUGCUCUCCAUGGUCCCAGAUCGGAUCCCCCACCGAGGGCCAGAGUGGAGCGGCACAGGACCACUAGGACCUUACCUMAUGCACUCCGGUUUAUCCCAACAAACCGAGGAUCUUAUCMGCAAAAUAGAAAAAGUAGGGGACACAACUAUCUACAUAAACGAUAAGGAGGAAAGACGUUACACUGCUGCACAUGAAGAGGAUCUUCAAACAGGUCAUUCCGGACCAGAGAGAGAGAUUCCUAGAUCUCCAAAAAGGAUCCCAMCUCUUGAGGUUCAAAUCCCAAGGACUGUGUUUUAUGUUGCCGAAGAGAUGGCGGAGAGAAAAGGCAGCGAGUGUCGGAGCGUGGAUGGACAAGACUGGGAAGGAGGUCAGAGGGUAGAAAGGAGGGACAGCUGGAGGAUCGGAAAACCUUUGAGCCGGAUCGAGUCCCUCCGAGAGAAGAUCAGGCAGAGAGAGCUGGAUAAGCAAAGAGAAAGAGAGGCCCGGGUGGGAGAUGGGUGUGAAGCUGCAGACGUCUGUGACGCUCCAGCAGCAGAGGACAGCUACGAGAUGAGAGGAAGUGAGGUAAAGAAAGAGUGGGAAGCUGUGGCGGUUCAGACAAGGCCGGCUGAACCGGAGAGCGUAAAGGGAGAAGCAGUAGAGCARACAUGCACGGGUGUGUAUGACGUCAGACAGGAAGUCGGCGUGUUGAAAACCAGCCCUCAGCUUCCUGUUUCUGUCCUCAGUUCACAAGACAGCAGCAGAGAGGAAGUGGCAGGCGAGCGCUCGGCUUCUGCCUCUGAAGGCUCCCAGAUUUCCGAGGAUGAAGCUGACCCCCUGAAAAAUGUAGAGCCGCACCUGGAGCAGCACAGGGCCCAAUACGAGAGCGCAGAAGAGGAAGACGAAGAAGAGGAGGAGGAAGACAGGGAGCUCUCCGAGGAGGAGUUGGAGAAAUACACAACUUCUACAGAUUCUAUAGGAUCUCUCUCUCCUUCGCCGCCUCAUCCCAACUCUCUGGCAGCCAUGAGUCGGAUCUACAACCUGGACACAGUUGGCUCCAGAACUGGCUUAUAUCUGAGGGACAGGACAGUAGACAUCCCAUCUUCUGUACACCUUGUUAAAGUGAAGCCGUUUAUGUCAASCCCCCAGCAGGGGGAUGGCAAAAGCAAAGSAGGUGACGACAUCCGYGGGGUCCAGACGAUACAGCAACAGAUCGAGCAGUUUCAGCUGAAAGACCAGGAAGUGCUGAAGUCAUCUGCAAAUACCUCUGCAAAGGAAAGAGAAGCAAAAAUACAACAGAGUCCCAAAAGAGAGCUAAAGCUGCAGGUGAAAGAAGCUGGAGAAACACCAGACCUCAACCCCAAGGAGUCUCCUCAACACCUUUGUUCCCCAACAUCUCAGCAGAAGCAAACUAUCACCAUCAACUCCUCAUUUUCAAGAACCCAAUCACCUGACAACUCCCUGAAACCUACAAACUGUGCUCCGACUCCAGCCUCCUCGCCAUGCUUGCCAUCUCCUGUCAACUCCCCCAGCAUCUCUCCGUCUCCCAGCGCCUCGCCCAAGCUCUUCACCAUCAAGAGCGCUUCUGGGGGCCCGGUAAAGAGAGGCGCCACCAUCACGAUCACCCCCAGAAAGCCUGUCGGAGGAGGAGCCACGGCGUCGGUGGCGAGGCCCGGAACAGYGGUACCAGCAGCAGCAUCGRCAGGGUCUGCUAAAGCCCCACCCCAGCAACCGAUGAGCCCCACUGUGGAUGASCCUUCGAAGAAGAAGUAUCCAGCGGUGGAGGAAAUUGAGGUGAUUGGUGGAUAUCAGAAUCUGGAAAAGUCCUGUCUGGUCAAGAGUAAAGUGACACCAAAGAGGGGGAAGGUGUGUUUUGAUGAAGACCAGCUGGAGCAGGUGUGCGAGUAUCCUUCAGAGACCUUCAUGCUGACGCUGAGCCCGCUCCCUUAUGACCUUGAGAAAAAGGAGAAGGAGGCGCACAAGGACGAUGGUGAAGGUGAGGGAGGAGGAGGAGGAGAAGUUGUGUUCAAAACCACAAAGAGCACAGGGACGGCGACGGCACCUCGCCUGAGAGUGGAUGAGUCUUGCCCUCGGUAGAAGCCAAUCAUCUUCACCAAAAUUGCCCAUGUGAUGAGAUCAUCGACAUUUUAUCAAAAAAAUCCUAUAAUUUUUUAUCCUCUGUUGAUUUAUUGGUGUGUUGUGUUCAUUUUGGCAUCUUUGCUUAAUGUAGAAUCAGUUCAUUUAGGUUGAGGCACACGGUUGUUUACUGUGGGAACAUUUAUUUGAAGGGACAGCUGUGAAUGUUAAAGCACGGUACACUUGUAAAAAGAUAAAAAUAAAAACUCAGGUGUGCAUUUCUGAGUGAUGACAAUCACUUAUCUAUGCAAUAAGAACAAAUGAAAAAAAAGAUUUUAUUUUCCAGGUGAUAUAUUUUAUAGUUUCUUCUAUAUAUGUCUUUUAAAUGUUAGAAUGCUCUGAAAAAAUAGACUUGAAGUGAUUUUUACGUCAUCUGGAUUUAUGUGCCUGCUGGAUUAGCUCAUACAGAUGACCUAAAGAUUAAUGUAACGUAAUCUGAUAGUUUGAAGCUUGUUUAAUAAACCAACUUUCACUGGGUUUUGGUGCAAUGUAUGACAUUAUUGGUCUGUUAGAGGUUUUAUUUUUGAUGUUUUUAUUGUGAAUGGGACCUGAACGGAUGUCAAUGAGAGGAAGAUUUUGUUUCAACCCAGACACCAGAUGCACUUCAGCUGAUUUUGGACUUUUAUUUUGCUUAUKUAACCUAAAUAUUUCAACUGGCAAAGAUUACGUGCAUGUGACGGUUUUCCUCCGAUGGUUACGGAAGCUGGCGUCAAAACAGAAAAAGCUAAUAAAGUGUUACAAAACAGUUUUAUGUCCUGUUUUUUUGGUGCUUGUGGUUAAAUAAAUGUUUCUCAGCAGUUUCUGUUUUGAGCCACAAUUAAAUUACUUUUCCCAGA